AUGAAAUCAUAUGCCUCUUACCCGAGUUUAUUCGAUUCCAGUCGAUUCUUCCUCUCUGCUCCUUCAACUUCAACUUCAAAACUUCACUACAACCAACCGCUUCAAUCGCAGACAGGGUAUCGCUCGAGAUCGAACAUAUCCGCAAUGCUGUCGACAAGAGUUCUCUCGCGGAGCCUGCUCAGGUCUGCCCGACCAAAGAGCACCACGUUCUUCACUCCUCGACGAAUGUUAACUACUGAAUCCAUUCCUGCUUCAUCCGCCGAUUCAAUCCUUGCCGCUCAGAGACUUGUCCGACCAGUUUCCCCCCACUUGACAAUCUAUCAACCUCAGCUGACAUGGUACUUAUCCAUGACAACUCGUAUUACUGGUGUCGCCCUUUCCGGUGUCUUUUACCUAUAUGCGAUUGGAUACGUCCUUGUUUCGCCAUUCGGAGUUGACAUGUCGGUUGCAAAUGCAUCAAAGAAGUGGGGUGAAUUCAACGGCGCUGUUAAAGCAGCUGUCAAGGCACCAUUAGCAGCUUGCUUUAGCUUCCAUUUCUGGAACGGAAUUAGACAUUUGGUCUGGGAUACCGGUCGGGAGUUGACAGUUAGGGGUGUUUAUAGGACGGGAUAUGGCGUUCUAGGAUUGACGGCUUUGAGCACCUUGGGUCUGUUGGUUGUUUAA